UUUUGCAGAUGCCAAGCAUCAGAAUGAAGGAUAAUUGCGAUGAAUGGCGACAGAUUUUCACCCGAAUUGAUUCUUAUUUUAGGGAUGAUAUUGUUCUUGAAGGUACAAACCAUGCUUCUGCUCAGCUUGGAUGGUGUAUUACAGUAGCCUACGUAGUUGUUAUAUUAUUUGGAACCUUUGGAAAUAUGCUCACAAUCAUUGCUGUCCUUUACAAUCCACAAAUCAGGACAACAAGAAAUUUCUUUAUUCUUAACUUGGCUUUAUCCGAUUUUUUCAUCUGCACAAUUACAGCUCCAAUCACCUCUUAUACAGUCUUGUAUACAUUCUGGCCAUUUGGCUUAGCAAUGUGCAAAAUAACCGGUUCUUUACUUGGUUUUGGCAUUUUUUUAUCAACCUUUUCUAUUGCAGCAAUUGCUCUCGAUCGCUACGUUGUAAUUAUAUUUCCAACAAAACGAAAACGUCAACAUAAUUUGGCCCUAUUAUUAUUUUCCUUAAUAUGGAUUAUUUCAAUUACAUUAGCAUUACCGUUACUGAUAACAUCGGAUUUGAACACAGUGUUUGAUGAUGACAAAUGCGGCAUUUCUUUGAAGAUUUGUCAUGAGAAGAAUGAAAUUUGGAAUUUGAUGCCUAUAAGUAAACGUGCAUAUACUUUGGCAGUAUUGUUAACACAAUAUGCACUACCAUUAAUAUCAAUUGUCUUUGCAUAUAGUACCAUUGCUAUGAGGAUGCAAAUUAGGAUGAACAGUCGUCUGGCUUCUUCUACCUUCACCGCUAAUGCUAACAAUAACGAAAGGCGAAAAUCGGUAGCAGGACGACAACGACGUACACAUCUAUUGCUUAUUUGCGUGGUUAUUGUUUUUGCCGUAGCAUGGUUACCAUUAAACGUCUUUCAUGUGCUUAAUACAUUUGGAAUUGUCGAAUUCUCUGUGCCCUUAUUUGCGAUAUGUCAUUUGAUUGCAAUGGGUUCUGCAUGCUUAAAUCCUGUCUCAUAUGCAUUCUUCAAUCAAAACUUCCGGCAACAAUUCAUAAUGUUCUACGAAGCAGCAAUAAGGAAGAUUCUGCAAACAUUCGAUUGGGUAACGCCGGCAAGAAACAAACACGAUCGGGUAAAAUAUAAUCGAUCAGCGAAUGCUGUGAUUACAACGCAACAUGCUUCAACUAUUAAUGCGAAAUUUAUGGGAAAAUGUGACGACAAUGAGAAACCAGAUGAGGCUAAAAUCGACUUGAAUGAUCAUUAGUAAUUCACACCCAUUACCUCAUCUUAAGUUUUCUAGUUAAAACUUUCCAUUGUCAUCACAUCGAUAAUUUGCCAGCAAUAUAACAGUCAUCUUUUUGACUCAUCAAACAGCUCAAUUAUCUGCUUAAUUACUUUCUUGCGACUUCAAAACAAC